ACAAAUAAUUGCAAUUCCACCAGACAAGUAGGAUUUUUUGCUUCUCUCUGCCUGUAUUAAUAUUUAAUAUAGACAUCUUGUAUAUAUGUUGUAUCUCAGUACAGAAAGCCUAAUGAACGGUUGGAUCUAGGAUGACCCAGGAGGAGCAGCAGGCCUCAUCGUCAUCCGCACCAUCUCCCAGCAUCGCUCCAAGACGUAAACAGCAAAAAGACAUCUUUGGUGUGCAACUUGAUGUAACAAGUCGUCUUCUGGAUGCAGAGAAGCUAAAAUUGACAAUUCUUCAACGAGAAAUUAAACAAAAAAGACAUCUUGAAGGAACAAAAAAGUCUGGAGAAAGCAGAUAUAACGAAGAAAAGGAACUUGAAAGACAAAGGAAUAAUCUAGAACGAUUUCAAAUCCAGCAUGACAGGCUUGAAUGGGAGUACGAACAGGCAGCCUUUGAUAUGUUUAAAGGCUAUUACACAUUAAAGCCACACAGAAGCUUGCCGCAUUUGGGUCUCAAACAAACACCAAAAACAAGAGAAAACUUUUGCGAAGGCCAGCCGAGUCUGUCAUGCAGACAUUUGUAUAUUAGACCGACCCGACACUAUAAUUGUAAAGUUGUAAAUAUGAAACAUGGAAACAUGGAAACAUGGAGAUCGAUAUUACAGUAUAGUCACAUCAUCAUUUUACUUUAAUAAACAGCUUUAAUAUACGAAUAUUACCACAAAAGUUGAAUAAUACUUAUUAUUAAUAACUAUCAAUAAUGAUGAUUAAUAAAUAUCAUUUAGCCUAUUAAUUAUGCCUAUUAUUGACAAGGUAUUGGUAUUAAUUACAGCUAAUUUAACACAAACAUUAAGUACUAUUUUAAUAAGACAAAUAGGCAUAUAACUAUGCCUAUUCCCAUGACAGUAUCAACUUUAAUUUAGUACAUUAAGUACACUUACUUUAAUUUAGUACACUUUUUAGUUCCUAUGCUUGCAAGAACUUUUAAAAUCCUGCUCGUGUGUAUGUAGUAUGUACGUUGCUAGUAUGUUACGCAGUUUUUUGUAAACAGGCAAACGUGACUUUCCAGACAUCUGUUUGUUUUGUGCGUCCGUACCCAAGCUAAUCUGGAUCUUUUGUUGUGCCCUAUUUCAUAGUUUUCUAUUUUGACAAAUAUUAAAGCCAUACUAAUGAGAGACAAUACCCCCUACUCUUGAAAAGACUAGUAAACUGUAUGAUAAGAGGAAAACAUUUAUGGAAUGUUGUGUACUCUCCUUGUCCAAACUGUCUUAAAUGUGAUGGAUUGGACUCCAGGGACUUUCCUGGCUGGUAUGGAUAUAAAACUUUAUCUGCACUCCAAAAACCUCAAUUUUAUACUAUUGCAGUGUGGAAAAGGUU